CAGUUUGGCAUAUGCAUAUAUAUAGAUAGUAACCUUGCCGAUUUCGGCUAUUAGUCAAUCAUCCGUUGCAAGUCCGUUAGAACGCAUUUAUUAUAGAAUGAACACCGGCAGAAUUAGACUAGUAGCGCAAAGGCUGGAGCCGAUCCGGACUCAAAUUUUAAUAUCAAAUGGGCCGCAAGUUCGUAGAUACAGUAUCAAAGUGAACCAGUUCACAACCAAAGCCUACUUUGGACGACAGAUAGUUGAACGGACGCAAAUUAUCCCCACAUCAGUAACAGGCCUUCGCUUCUGCUCGGCAAAUCGCCCCGACAACAAGUUCGACAAAAAUUGCAUCGAUGCAAGCUUGGUGGCCACCUAUGGCGAGAUUGUUAGUCUUCCAAAACAUCCCGAGAAGCUUCUGAUCGAUGUCCGUGAACCAGAGGAACUGGCUGCCAAAGGAGCAAUCCCUACCAGCAUCAAUAUACCGCUCAAAACGGUGAGCGAUGCGCUGAAGCUGAGUCCGGCCGACUUUCAAGCCAAAUACGGUCGAAAAAAGCCGGGACCAAACGAUCCUAUCAUCUUUAGCUGCUGCGUGGGUGUUCGAUCGGGAAAUGCUGCUUACGAGGCGGAUAAGCUGGGUUUCAAAAAUGUGAAGAAUUAUGUUGGCUCCCACACGGAAUAUGCCGAAAUAAAUAGUUUGGCAUCGCUGGACGUUUCGCCAAAUAUCCCCAAGCCAACAUGUCGAUUGCCACCUAUGAGGAAGUUUUGGACCUCCCAAACCACCCGGAGAAGAGGUGCUGACGAACUCGCCGAAACUGGUACAAUACCGACCAGUAUCCAUAUUCCAUUGGCCAAUGUUGAACAAGCUCUGAAACUCUCGGAAGACGAAUUUAAAGCCAAAUACGGUCGGGGUAAACCACAGCCCGACACGGAAAUCAUUUUUCACUGCAAGCUUGGUGGCCGGGCACAGAAAGCGACGGAUGUUGCUGUAGACCUUGGAUUCAAAAACGCCAGAAACUACAAAGGUUCUUGGACCGAAUGGGCGGAGAAGCAGCGCAAAUAGGUAUCCCACAUCCUGUCGAAUUCUGUGAAUAAAUGUACCAUUAAAUGAUCAAAAUCAA